AUGAUGGACACUUUCAUCAAUGUUGCCUUCUGCGUAUCCAGUCUGGUAACGGUGUUGAUGCUACUGCUCCCAUCGCAGUAUGAUCCCCGGCCUUCCACUAAGGGUACACGCCCAAAGACAAGUGUACAGAUCCUCGUGCUAGGAGACAUUGGUCGCAGUCCACGCAUGCAAUACCAUGCCCUAAGUAUUGCUAGAAAUGGUGGUCAGGUGGUGAUUAUUGGCUACACAGAGUCCGAUCCUCAUCCCGAUUUGAUCUCCCACCCAAACGUCACCAUUGUGCCUAUUCGCCCCCAUCCAACGAUCCUUCAAACAAGCAAUAAACUCCUUUUCGCGCUUUAUGGGCCGUUGAAAGUGUUAUUCCAGGUCGUAUGCCUGUGGCGUUGUCUGGCAUAUACUGCCCCACCAUCGCGGUGGUUGCUGGUGCAGAACCCGCCCUCGAUCCCUACACUCGCUGUCGCUUCUUUGUCUUGCUUCCUACGACAAACGCGACUUAUCAUUGAUUGGCAUAAUUUUGGGUAUUCCAUUCUAGCUUUGAAGCUCGGUCCAAACCACCCGCUGGUGAAAGUAUCUCUUUGGUAUGAAAAGAUAUUUUGCAAAUCGGCAUUCGCUCACUUCUGCGUUACCGACGCAAUGCGCUCGGUUCUCAAACAAGAUUUCCAGCUGCAGGCUCCCAUCUUGCCAUUACACGAUCGCCCUGCGAGUCACUUCAGCCCAAUUCAAGAUCCCGACGAGCGCAUCAAAUUCCUUGCACGUCUGCCGGAAACAAGGGAGAUAUGCUCUAAAUCCAUCAGGAUACGUGUUCUUGUCAGCUCGACCUCCUGGACACCCGAUGAGGAUUUUUCAGUCCUCAUUGAAGCACUGCUACAAUACUCGAAGCUCGCCACCUCAAACACCGACCUUCCCGAUAUCCUUGCAAUCAUUACCGGUAAGGGGCCACAAAAGGAAAUGUACAUGCGGAAAAUUGCGACCCUAGAAGCGGCGGGUAAGCUUGAAAAGGUCACGAUUCGUACUGCGUGGCUGAGCGUGGCAGACUAUGCCAAGCUCUUGGCCUCUGCAUCGCUAGGGGUGAGCCUGCACACCAGCAGUAGCGGAGUAGAUUUACCGAUGAAGGUAGUUGACAUGUUCGGUGCUGGCCUUCCGGUCGUGGGCUGGAACCGCUUCGAAGCAUGGCCGGAGCUGGUGACAGAGGGUGUGAAUGGCAUGGGCUUUGGCAGCGCGGAUGAGCUGGCCGAACAAUUGGCCAAGCUGUUCGGUGAUGACAAAAAGCUCGAAGCCCUUCGCGUGGGUGCGCAAAAAGAGAGCACUCGGCGAUGGGAUGAAGAAUGGAAUCCCAUCGCAGGCAAGCUGCUUGGUUUGAACUAG